AUGGCAGCCAAGAGACGGUGUCCGACACAAAAUCACGGGGAAGUAUCGCAACCAGCGAUCAUUCCUGCACCAGCCUCAGCGGGCAAUGCCGCUUCUGCAGAAGAAGUCGAAGAAGUCUAUCCAAAUUUGGUAGAAAAUGAAGAAAAGGCUGAUGAAGAGGGGGCAACAGUUGUUGCCGCAGCACAGGUUGAGGAGUUAAUCGGCCCAAUGGACGAAGAGGGCGAGCACUUGUCAGCGAAUGCUGCCGGGGAAGACGAUAUGGUUGACAGUCUGACUCCUCCGCCUUCUCGGCUGUCUGCAGCAGCAGCCUCGUGCGGGCAACCUCUCCGCGGAGGGAAGCGUGAGCGGGAACCAUCCGCCCAACUCACAGAGCCCAAGCAGUCCCGACAAGCAGGGAUCAUGCGGCAUGUGUGCUCGCGGGUAGAUCCGCAGCAAUAUGCCUUUGUCAGGGGACAGAAGGACCCAUGUGUGUUUCGAGGCGCAAAGACAGGCAUUAUCCUGCUGCACCACAUCGACGACAUCCGAGCUGCUGGACCAGAUAAAACUAAAACUUUAGCACAGCUUUUUGAAAAAGAGUUGCCCCGACUUUGCGAAGUUCAAGCGGGCGAACUUGAGCGGGAAGGCACUGCCGUGGAAUAUCUCGGCCGGACCGAGAUCCGAACAAAGGAUACGACCAUCACAAAGGCCGUGAUUUCCGCAGCGGGCAUUUCUGCCAAGGACCGUAGUGACGUCCCUUCCAAACAACUCAACGUCCUAGAGACUGAGCCAUUGGAUGGGGCGCAAUGUAAUAUGUACAAGAGCGCGGUAGGCUCAGCCAUCCCCCUGUCGCCUGACAGGAGGGAUAUACAAUUUGCUGUCAAGGAAGCUGCGCGAAGAAUGUCGAACCCCAGGACGUGUGACAUGCAGUCUGUGAAAAAUUUGGCAGCAUACUUGCAGGCACAUCCCGCCGUUUCAAGGCUUCAAGGAGUGUCUCGAGCGGCACGAGAAGGGAUCUUCUUGAAGGAUCUCAUCACUCUCGACUUUGGGGAGACGUGCGGACAAAGCGCAUUGGCCCUGGAGCCAAACUGCGAGGUGUGUGAGUUUUACCUGCAGGGAGCCUUGCAGGCCAAGCUGUUGUCCUCAGGAGAAGUCAAGGGAACACAUCCCAAGUCGGGAACGGAGGUGCGACAAGCACUGCCUGGAUUUGGAAUGUAUGAGCCUCCGAAAGGAGAAAACAUCCUUUCAACUUCAAAACGCAUCAAUGUAAAAGUGCCCCAAAUCAACAAACAGCAAACAUGGAAGACACCAAUCCCAGCUUCUGUCGCCUGGACUCACAAGCAGGCAGAAGGAGCGGGAAAGACCGCCACGGUGAAUCAAGGGAACGCCAAGGUCAACGCCAUUAAGACCCUGGUGCUCCUGAGCCAGGUUAAUGCUGUCGCAGCGCAGCAGCAGGAAAUCAACACUUGGCAGCUAUUGAUCCUCUAUGUUCUGGCAGCUAUUGGAACUAUCACCGUGUGGUUGAAAGUGUGUCAACUUAGCGGGCAAAUUGCGGAAUGGUUUUUUCCUCUUGAGCCAGAAGAACUUGUUCCUGCUCAAGGAGCGGAAAUUCAGCUGCAGAUUCAAGGAUCCCAAUCAGAAAAGGAAGAUGAAGCAAACAUGACCCUGGAGGAGCUCAUCAGAUGGCGCAGACAAGAAGAGCGACUGAUCCAUGGUGAGGAUCCCGAUUUCGGAGAGGAGCGGCGCCUCCGCUGA